AGACACAGGUGCACCGUCUAUUGCAGAGGCCUGCGGUCGCCUACUUUUACUGGUCAUUUCUCCUGGCUGGUUGGCUAGCCAGGCGCGGUGCCAACGAUGGGGACGCGAGGAAGAAGGUGGCUUGUGCCAAGUAAGAAGUCAAUGGUUAGUGGGUGGGCAGGACAGUUUUGAUCUGGACCCAGGGCCACAGAGCCAAGCUCUCUGUUUAUUGCCCAAGUUCUGGCAGUAGGCAUUACCUGGGCAUUUGCCCUGGUGACUGGUGGUAUGCCAGUCACAGCAUAGUCCUGGGGUCUGCCCAGUUCUGCCCUGCUGAGUUGAGUUGGCAGGCUCGUUGAUGUCUGGAGGGUGCCCAUGCUGCCUGUCGCAGAUGUCCUGUGGGCUGGUGCGAAUGGAUAGGUGGGCACUGUUACUGCGAGCCCCCUUUUUGAAGUGAUCUGAGAACGUUUUCUACUAAUCACAUGGCCCCCUUGAAAGGCGAAGAAGGAGAGAGCCGUGGGAAACUGUAUGGAAUAGGGCAGGGUCCGAGACAUGACUUUUUUCAGCCAGUUUUGAGAACGAGAAGGAGUGUGAAGGAGAAUAUGAAUAAUAGACAUGUGUAAAUAUCUGUGUUCUCUGACUUAACGUGGCUCCUGUGACAGUUCUGACCCACAAAGGGCUAGGGGCCCACAGAUUGAGAACGGCUGCUCUAGAGAGCAAUGCUGACUGUAAUGUAAGACGUGAGACGUGGCAGUGAUCAACCGGUGCCGUGAAGCGCACUUCCGAGAUGUCAUCCUCUACCAGUUUAUAGUAAUCCAUAUGCAAAGAGUACCUGUGCUCCGUCUUCCGGCCAUCUUAGACAUGGAGAGGAAAAUCCCAUCCAGAGAGAGCCCCAGAAGACUGUCCGCCAAGCCAGGCCGAGGCACGGAGAUGAAGAAGCUAGCGCGACCACUUGGCGUGGUGGCAGCUGACUCAGACAAGGACUCUGGCUUCUCAGUUCCAGAGCCUCUGCGGAACCUAAGAGUGUUACACUUUCUCCCCACUUCUCAAAAGCAGAUUUUAAAGUAAUGACCUGGCCCUGGUGAAAUGGCUCAGCAGAUGGGAGCUCAGAAUGUUUGAGCUCCGCAGAGCAGAUGGAGUCAGAGGACAUGCUGAGCGCCUUGGGCUGCAAGAGAGAAGACAAGCGGAGGCAGCCCUCCAAAGCUGCGGACACUGCCCUCCCCACGCUGCCCCCUAUGGUCGUCAUGAAGAGCGUGCUGGUCAAGCAGGGCAGCAGCUCCUCCCAGCUUCAGUCCUGGACUGUCCAGCCCUCCUUUGAAGUGAUCUCAGCGCAGCCACAGCUCUUUGUCCUUCAUCCACCUGUGCCAUCUCCUGUCAGCUCAUGCCAGACUGGUGAGAAAAAGUCAGAAUCCAGAAACUACUUGCCCAUUCUAAAUUCUUAUACCAAAAUAGCCCCCCACCCAGGCAAGAGGGGCCUCAAUUCAGAAGACAGAGGAACAAGUGGGGUAUCGAAGAAACUCUGCACGGAGAGACCGGGGCCAAGCCUGUCUUCCAGUGAGCCAGCCAAGACUGGCCGAGUAUUAUCCAGUCCUUCCACUCCAGCCCCACCCAGCUCCAAACUCACUGAGGACUCCACUCUGCAAGGAGUUCCCUCCCUUGGGGCUGGCGGAAGUCCACAGACUCUUCAGCCUGUGUCCAGCAGCCAUGUGGCUAAAGCUCCCAGUCUGACUUUGGCUUCGCCCGCCAGCCCUGUGUGUGCGUCAGACAGCACUCUGCAUGGCCUAGAGAGCAGCUCCCCUCUCUCCCCACUGUCAGCCAGUUACACUUCACCUCUGUGGGCUGCGGAGCACCUCUGCCGCAGCCCAGACAUCUUCUCCGAGCAGAGGCAGAACAAGCAUAGGCGCUUUCAGAAUACCUUAGUGGUCCUCCACAAGUCUGGUUUGCUGGAGAUCACUCUGAAAACCAAGGAGUUGAUUCGUCAGAACCAAGCAACUCAGGCAGAGCUGGACCAGCUGAAGGAGCAAACCCAGAUGUUUAUAGAGGCCACCAAGAGCAGGGCUCCUCAGGCAUGGGCCAAGUUGCAGGCAUCACUAACAUCUGGGUCCAGUCAUUCAGGCAGUGACCUAGACACGUUGUCUGAUCACCCAGACGUAUAGCACAGAAACAUUUUCCAGUUAUUUGAGUUAACUCCUUUACUAUUACAACUACCCUUGUUUUCCACAGCCUAUUUAAGAGCUUUUCUUUCUAAACUCACCCACAAAGCCACGUGCCAGUCCCUGGCUGUUGUCUUAGUCUGUGGUCCGUGCACAGGUUAAGUGUGUUAAGUUCCUCUGAGGAACUCCAGCUGGAAGUAUCUGUGAGUCCCUUUUCCCUGACCUGCAGGCACUUAGCUGGAUCUUGGGACAAGGGAGAGAUGGCUGUGUGUGUCUUUCAGCUGUUCCUUCCCAUCCUCCUCCUCACUGUCCAGGGUCAGGGAACAGUGACAUGGAUGAGUGUACACAGUGACACUUGUCCAACCAAGGAGUAGGUGACCUAAGGAUCCCUUCACUGUCCUCCCUCAAGUAUGUUAGUCACAGAGAAAGAGACGAGGAUACGUUUGCAUCUACCAGGCCUUGUGCCUGUGAGUGAAACCUAAAGUGCUUUGGGCGCAGGUGCCUGGGUGCAAGCACUUACCACCUAAGGCUUUGUUCCUUACCCGAGAAAGUUAAAGGGGAAAGGGCAACGCCAUCUGGCUCACACACUGACCACACACUAGAUCUCACCUAUACAAGUAGGCAAUACUUCAGAUUUUAACAUAUAGAAUGGAUUUAAUACUGUCUGGAAUUGUAUUUGAUGAAUUGCUUUUUUGAUUUAAGGGUCAAAGAAGCCAGCAUUUUUGGUCACUAGCUGGAAGGUUUUGUUCAUUUAUACUUGAAAUAGCACAGACUAUCUAAAAGGCUUGAGAUGGGGCUGCAGGAUGGCUCAGUGAGGAAAGGUGCUUGCUGCCAGUGACCUGAAUUUGAUCCCCUGAACCCACAUGAGAGAAAGAGAAUUUACUACUGCAGAUUGUCCAUCAAAUGUGCACACACGCACACACACGAUAAAUAAACUAAUCUAAAAUUAAAAUUACAAGCUAUCAUCAACAUCAAAACAAGGUAAAACAAUCAAAAGCUUGAGAUGACUUCAGUGGGUCCUCAGGGUCUCGUGUAAGUCCACCCUCUGUUGUCUCUUGUCUGUGCCUCUCCCAGUUGUUUCUGUGAGGGAAAAAUGAUUGUGUUAUACAUUUAAAUGAAAUAAAACCCAAGGCCACAACAAUCAGAAAGGAUCCUUCCCUGUUCUCACAUUGGGUUCUCACGCAUGCCCUGUACGAUGGGGCUGCCGUGGAGCGGUCUUGCAUCUGGUGUUAGAUGUGGGCAGCAGAGCUGAAGUGUGGUGUCCCUCUCAGAGGCGGGUCUUAGGGUGAAGAGCCUGAGGAGUCUCCAUGUCUUCGGUUUCCCUGUGCCGGUAACGAAGUGUCUAAAUGGUAACGAUCCAAAGGCUUGUAUCCUCUGUUAUAAUUUUCAUCCUCCUGGAAAUCUUUGUUCUUUAUGAAUUAACUUGGUUUUUUUUGACCAGUAUCUUUUUCUGCAGAGAGAAUAAAUGUUCUUGGGGGCUUUAGUAGGUCAGGAGUUAAAGGAUCCCAUUUAUUACAGAGUUGGUUGUGAUUCUAACAUAAUUUAAAAAGUAUAAGACUCAGGUUGGCUCUACUCUGUUCAUAAAGAUAUAUGACUUAGAUAUGAUUGGUUUAAAAAUAAUCAACUUGGUAAAAUCUCUAUUCUUUGGUUAACAUAGAACUGUUACCUGCUGUUUGCUUUCUGAAAGUUUCCAAAAUCAGAGUCGGCGUUUCUGGGCAGGCUUGGCUCCUCGUGCUGUGCUCCCCCGAAUCUGCAUGGUAUGGUGGACAUUCUGCACCCCACUAGGAAGCGGCCUUUGUGGCAGAACAUUUGGCAGGAAAGCUGUAGAGACAGGUGCAUUCAGAGCAGCCUGGGCACCACCGUGAGGCUUACCGCGUGUCAGAAGGCUGGAAGCACUUGCUGGGAGCCAAAUAUAUUACUCCACUGGAAAAGCCCUCUAGUGCUCUAAGCCUCUUGGUCUCCUCUUCUUAGAUUUGGGUUUUUAUUUCCCUUCCUGUCCCCAUGAAAGAUGAUGAAAGCCACCAUGGAUCCUCGCUGCCGAGUGGUGGGAGGGUUAGCGCCCCCCACCUCUACCCCCAGUCACUGCUCCUCUGUGAUCUUAGAGGCACAGCUGCAAGUCUCUAGGCUGUUAGCGUAGCGCUCUGUUCCUGGUGCAGCUGGAAGCAGGUGGACUCCAGGAGAGAAGCUAGAUCUUAGAAGGAGCACUCCUUUGAGGCCAGAGGCCAGACCAGCACUUGGAGGAAGUCCUGAGUGGACUGGAGGAGUCUUCAUUGGUUGCCCAAGGCUGUAAGUAGCAGAGGCCUCUGCAUGGUAUGAGCUCUUACGAAGCGUUAUGUAGGACUGCUGCCUCCCCAAGGUGAGAAGUUGAUUUUUAACUCGGAUCAACCCACAGGAGUACCUUUGUAUUGGCAAUAUUGAAACACAUUUAGAAAGGUUCCUGGCUGAGAUUGGCUCUAGAACUUGCUGUCGUUUGUAAUUUACUGUUUUCUUAUUGAUUGUGGUACCUCUGACUUUUCUUCUCUAGUAUGAUUCCUUCAGCAUACAAGUUACUCUUACACACAUACGGAAGUGGCUUUUUAGCCAUAUCCUCCUUAGGGUAGAGACUAUUUACCAAAUGUGAAUUCUUCUAAGUGUGAAGUUAUGUAGAAAUUGACUGUGAAAUGUCAAAGAAAAAAAUAAAAGUCACUUACUUGAAAGCAA